AUCUUAGUUGCUGCCGCUGCCUCCAGCGAGGCGCUGCUCCGAGGCAGGGAGGGCGCCCGCGGCCCGAGCGCGCGGCCCAGCGUCUCGGCGGCGGCGGCGGCGGCUGCUCCUCGGACCCCGGUGCUCGCCGCGCCGCGAAGCAGCCAGCCCCGGCCCGCGAGAGCCCCCUCGGCGUCCUGCGCGCCUCCCUGCCGCUCCCGUGUCGGGCCGGCCGCGGCGCCGGGAGUCCGAGCGAUGCUGCACCGCCCUGCGCCCGCGCUGGCCCCGGCCGCCUGGCUGCUGCUGGCCGGGCUGCUGUGCGGCGGCGGGGUCUGGGCCGUGCGAGUUAACAAGCACAAGCCAUGGCUGGAGCCCACCUAUCAUGGCAUAGUUACAGAAAAUGACAACACCGUGCUGCUCGAUCCCCCCCUGAUUGCCCUGGAUAAAGAUGCACCUCUGCAUUUUGCAGAGAGUUUUGAGGUGACAGUCACCAAAGAAGGUGAGAUUUGUGGCUUUAAAAUUCACGGGCAGAGUGUCCCCUUUGAUGCAGUGGUAGUGGAUAAGUCCACUGGUGAGGGCGUGAUUCGCUCAAAGGAGAAGCUGGACUGUGAGCUGCAGAAAGACUACUCGUUCACCAUCCAGGCCUAUGACUGUGGGAAGGGACCCGACGGCACCAACGUGAAAAAGUCUCAUAAAGCAACUGUUCAUAUCCAGGUGAACGAUGUGAACGAGUUUGCGCCCGUGUUCAAGGAGAAGUCCUACAAGGCGACGGUCACCGAGGGGAAGCAGUACGACAGCAUCCUGAGAGUGGAGGCCGUGGACGCAGACUGCUCCCCGCAGUUCAGCCAGAUCUGCAGCUAUGAGAUUGUCACUCCAGACGUGCCGUUCGCCGUCGACAAAGACGGUUAUAUAAAAAACACAGAGAAGUUAAACUAUGGGAAAGAACAUCAGUAUAAGCUGACCGUCACUGCCUAUGAUUGCGGGAAGAAAAGAGCCACGGAGGAUGUUUUGGUGAAGAUCAGCAUUAAGCCCACCUGCACCCCCGGCUGGCAAGGAUGGAACAAUAGGAUCGAGUAUGAGCCUGGCACGGGCGCCUUGGCUGUCUUCCCAAACAUCCACCUGGAGACGUGCGAUGAGCCGGUGGCCUCUGUGCAGACCACGGUGGAGCUGGAGACCAGCCACAUAGGCAAAGGCUGUGACCGGGACACCUACUCCGAGAAGUCCCUUCACCGACUCUGUGGCGCUGCCUCUGGCACCGCCGAGCUGCUCCCUUCCCCGAGCAGCGCCGCGAACUGGACCCUCGGGCUCCCCACUGACAACGGCCACGACAGCGACCAGGUCUUUGAAUUCAACGGCACUCAAGCGGUGAGGAUCCCAGACGGCAUCGUCUCGGUCAACCCACAAGAGCCUUUUACGAUUUCCGUGUGGAUGAGACACGGGCCUUUCGGCAGGAAGAAGGAGACAAUUCUUUGCAGUUCAGACAAAACAGAUAUGAACCGGCACCGAUACUCGCUCUACGUCCACGGGUGCCGGCUUAUCUUCCUGCUCCGCCAGGAUCCUUCCGAGGAGAAGAAAUACAAACCUGCAGAAUUCCACUGGAAGCUGAAUCAGGUCUGUGAUGAGCAGUGGCACCACUAUGUCCUCAACGUGGAAUUCCCAAGUGUGACUCUCUACGUGGAUGGUGUUUCUCAUGAGCCCUUCUCUGUGACUGAGGAUUACCCACUUCAUCCAUCCAAGAUAGAAACUCAGCUUGUGGUUGGGGCGUGCUGGCAAGAGUAUUCAGGAGUUGAAAAUGACAAUGACACUGAGCCUGUGACUAUGGCCUCUGCAGGUGGUGACCAGCACAUGAUCCAGUUCUUCCGAGGUAACCUGGCUGGCCUGACGCUCCGUUCCGGGAAGCUCGCAGAUAAGAAGGUGAUUGACUGUCUGUAUACCUGCAAGGAGGGGCUGGACCUGCAAGUCCCCGAAGACAGUGGUGUGCAGAUCCAAGCAAGCCCCAGUCAGUCGGUGUUGACCUUGGAGGGAGAAGACGUCGGGGAGUUGGACAAGGCCAUGCAGCGCCUUUCCUACCUGAACUCUCGGCAGUUCCCUACGCCCGGAAUCCGGAGACUGAAAAUCACCAGCACGGUCAAGUGUUUUAAUGAGGCCGCCUGCAUCUCGGUGCCCCCAGUAGAGGGCUACGUGGUGGUCUUACAGCCUGAGGAGCCCAAGAUCAGCCUCAGUGGCAUCCACCACUUUGCGCGAGCAGCUUCUGAAUUUGAAAGCUCCGAAGGGGUUUUCCUUUUUCCCGAGCUUCGCAUCAUCAGCACCAUCACCAGAGAAGUGGAGCCCGAAGGGGAUGGGGCUGAGGACCCCACAGUUCAAGAGUCACUGGUGUCCGAGGAGACGGUGCACGACCUGGAUGCCUGUGAGGUCACGGUGGAGGGAGAGGAGCUGAACCACGAGCAGGAGAGCCUGGAGGUGGACGUGGCCCGCCUGCAGCAGAAGGGCAUCGAAGUGAGCAGCUCCGAGCUGGGUGUGACCUUCACAGGCGUGGACACCAUGGCCAGCUACGAGGAGGUCUUGCACCUCCUGCGCUAUCGGAAUUGGCACACCAGGUCCUUGCUUGACCGGAAGUUCAAGCUCAUCUGCUCGGAGCUGAACGGCCGCUACAUCAGCAACGAAUUUAAGGUGGAGGUGAACGUCAUCCACACGGCCAACCCCGUGGACCACGCCAGCCACAUGGCCGCCCAGCCACAGUUCGUGCACCCCGAGCAUCGCUCCUUCGUUGACCUUUCUGGUCACAACCUGGCCAGUCCGCACCCAUUUGCAGUUGUCCCCAGUACUGCGACCGUUGUGAUUGUGGUGUGCGUCAGCUUCCUGGUUUUCAUGAUCAUCCUGGGAGUGUUCCGGAUCCGAGCCGCGCACCAGCGCACGAUGCGGGACCAGGACACCGGGAAGGAGAACGAGAUGGACUGGGAUGACUCUGCCUUGACCAUCACCGUGAACCCCAUGGAGACGUAUGAGGACCAGCACAGUAGUGAGGAGGAGGAGGAGGAAGAGGAGGAGGAGGAGAGUGAGGACGGAGAGGAGGAGGACGACAUCACCAGUGCGGAGUCGGAGAGCAGCGAGGAGGAGGAGGAGCAGGGUGACCAGCAGAGCGGGAGCAGGCAGCAGCAGCUGGAGUGGGACGACUCGACCCUCAGCUACUGACGUCGCCCCCGGCCUCGUUCCUGCUGCAGAAGACGCUGCCGUUGUCUGUUCUCCCAGCCCCAAGGGUCCACGAUGUACAAAGUCAUUUCGGCCAGUAGGUCUGCAGACCCCCUCGCUGCCCGUCCGCCGUGCUUGGUGUGUAGGACGUAGGCUCCCGCCCGCCCCCGCCCGGAUCGCUCUCCGCAGUCCCUCGAGGUGCUGUCGCCUCCCCCGGCGCGUCUGGCUCUCCCAGGGGCCCCGCGGCGCCACGGGCCCCACACGUGCGUCUGGCGUCCCCUCCUGGUGGUGAGAGGACGCCGGCCCCUCAUACUCCAGAAAAGUCACGAUGACCGGACUUGGUGACAAAGGGUAAAAAUUGCUCACUUCCACCCGGUAAUCAUUUUUUCUUUUUUUUAAAAAAAAAGUUUUUAUUUUUUUCCAAACUAGUGCAUGUAUAAAUAAUGGCAGAAUGGGGGUUAAUAUGUAGAUGAUUAACUGACUUUUUAAUAUUUUGUAAAUAAAUCGGGAUUCCUCGUGUCCCUUGUGCUAGUGUACUCCAGGACUGGAAUGUAAAGCCAGGAUGCCGAGCGCAGGAGAGACGCUCGGGCUCUUCCCCCACCCGCCCCAAAACGGGGCCCCUCCUGCCCCCACUCUGGGCUGGGUGUGGCCGGCAGUCGGCGCAGGCUUCCGUGUGCUGCUCAGGAGACGGACCAGGCACCCCUCUUUGGAGGCUGGAAGGAGCCAGGUCUUGUCUUCAGUGUUCUCCCUGUUCCUGUUUUGGCACUGGGGGUGGGGUUGCGGGGGUCGCUGGCUCUCUUACUCCUCCACCACCAGCAGCUCCCUUGGCGGUGGCCCGGACGCACCGUGUGCAGCCUUGUGGUUUCUACUCGGUAAACACGUCUCCCUGCUGGUGAACGUAUGUAGAGAUCGUGUAAAUGGACAGGGGUCGUGCAGACCGUUUGCCCACUUGGUUUGGAGACAGCAGCAGGCCUUGAUGGUCUGUACUCGCCACCUCCCUAGGACACCCUGUGCCCAGAACCGCCUGUGCUGGCCUCUCUCCUCCCCCAGCCCGUGGGAUGCCCCUGCCGUCUGGGGGGGACUCCACCCCCCUGUAGCGGAGCCCUGCUGCUUUGCUGGUGGCAGUGAAAGGAGACAGGGCAGUCUCGGUCUUGGUCUAAAACCGACGCGCACUUUGCUUUCCAUUUACAUGUAAAAGGGUAGAUUUCUACAACUGGGGGAAAUCAUUUUGAAUACUCCUCUGUGACCCUAACUAACUGCUAGUUUUGAGGACACUGACGGCUGUGUGUGGCCAUCCCCCACGUCCCCUCCCCCGAGCUGCUCUGUUUAGACCAUGGGUAGAGCUAACACCGAGGGGACGUUCUCAUGCUGUCACCGCCACGGUGUCCCUUUUCAGAGGUGUAUAUUGAUGAUAGGUCAGAAAGUGUAUACGCUACAAUAAAGUUCUGGUUCUAACUCCA